UUGGCACUGAGUCUGGUGCGUUGCGAGCACGAUUUCUCCCGCUACUCCUUUCAAACAGUCCUAAACACUCAAGAAAACGGAGGUCUGUACGAACUCUACUGGACGUUCGACAAUGAAGCAGAGACAAUUUCCUUCGCCGUUCGCGUGAAUGCCACGGGUUGGGUUGGCUUUGGACUUUCGCCUAACGGACAAAUGCCCGACUCUGACGUGGUCAUAGGAUGGGUCCCUAAUGAAGGAGACCCUGUGUUCCAUGACCGGUUUGCAGGGGGAAGGGAACCUCCCACAAUAGACGAGCAACAAGACUGGGUGCUGAAAGGUGGAGAGGAAGAGAAUGGCUUCACUAUCCUUGAGUUCAGUCGGAAAUAUGUCACCUGUGAUGGCUAUGACCUCCCCAUCAUGGCUGAGACCGCAAGAGUCAUUUGGAGUUUCCAUGCCACCACUGACCCAACCUCUGAGGUCCUUACCUUCGCUGACAUACACUCACAUAAGGGAGCUCUCAGUCUCAACCUACUGGGAGGUCUCCCUGAUGCAGCUCCUGAUCCCCAGGACCUGGAGUAUUUUGACAUCAAAGUUGACAAUAUUGUUAUUCCUAAGAAAGACACCACCUACUGGUGCUCAGUCUCCAAAGUCCCGGACAAUCUUCUUAACAAGACUGGAUACAUCACUAAGUUUGGACCGAUAGUAACGGAAGGAAACGACGCCCACGUCCACCAUCUUGUGGUGUACAUUUGUUCCGGAAUAAACGACUCUCACAUUGGAAAUGGAGGCGACUGCAAAGACGACGCAUUUGAGUUUCAAGUUCGAAGGUGUCGCUCUGGGACUUUCAUAGCUGCCUGGGCCGUGGGAGGAGAGGAUUUUACUUAUCCUGACAAUGUGGCCUAUCCGUUUGGAGGUGAAGGAUACAUCAUGAUGGAACUGCACUUUGACAAUCCCAAGCAGAUAGAAGGUACCAGAGAUAGCUCGGGGAUGAGACUGUGGUACACCACUACUCCGAGAGAGUACGAUGCCGGAAUAUUUGAAGUUGGAUACUUUAUCGGCGUCAACCACGUUAUUCCACCAAACUCUCAGAACUUUGUCACUCAAUGCAUUCUGCCGGAUCAGUGCACCAAUAAGUUCAAACCAGAGGAUGGUAUCCACGCCUUUGCAAACUUCUUUCACACACAUCUUGUCGGUCAUGGCCUGACUCUCCAACACAUCCGCUACAACUCUGAAUGUGAUGUGUACGAGGAACUGGAGCCAAUUGACAAUAAUCUUCAAUAUGAUUUCAACUUUCAACAGAUCAAUCAUCUGCGGCAGGAAGUGACCGUUAAACCUGGUGAUAUCAUUCAGUUGAAGUGCUUCUACAGGACUGUAGGGUUUGAAAAUGUUACCUUUGUGAGGGAAAAUUAA